AUGCUCGGCUCGGCGGAGCAGCUCGUCCGCGUCGGGCUCAAGAGCCGAAGCGCCAGUACUUCGAUGGUGAAACUGCCAUCUCUUGCAACCGCACAAGUCUGUCGAGGCUCACCUCGCUCUUUGCGCAGCUUCAGCACACACUCUCCCACUGAGACCCGCAGAUCGCGCAACGGGUCUGAUCAGACUAGCAAGGCUGUACGCAUCGAUGAGGUUGAGCACAUCCCCACCUCCGCUCUAGGUCGCGCCCUCCUCACAGCGGGCAGCGCGCUCGGUCUGCUCAAUAACCCCUCGCGCGGAGAUCUACUCUCAAUGCUCACGCAAGUAUCAUCGGGUCCCUCGCUCGCCCAUCUGCUCGAAUCCAUGCGCUCGACGGAAUCUGGACGCAGACUGCUCAUAGAACGCCCUUCCGUCAAUUCGGACACGGUCGAUGUUGAAUAUCUUGCCGCUCUCGAGCGUGGUACAUUCGGACGCGAGUGGAUCGAGUGGCUUAAAGAGAAUGGUGUCGGUCCCGACGGCCGCGCUGAGGCCGACUACAUGACAACUCCAGAGCACAAGUACCUCAUCCAACGCUACCGCGAAUCGCACGACUUCUACCACCUGCUGCUUCGCAUGCCCGUCACACAGCUCGGAGAGACGGUGGUCAAGUACUUUGAGAUGGCUCAGAUGAACAUGCCCGUGGCUGGCUUUGCAGCCGCUGGUGGCACGCUCCGCAUCCUCGCGUCCAAUCUCGCAUCGCUGCCGAAGCCGUCCCAGCUCAUAUCCAAAGCCCUCAAUCAGUCGCCGCCAUCGGAAGCAGCGCACGGCAUGCCAUCUGCAGCUGAUCUCUCAUCCCUUCAGACGCUGGUUCCUUGGGCCAUCGAGGUUGGGAGGUACUCCGUGCCGCUCAUCUCGAUCGAGUGGGAGAGGUGCUGGGAGAGGAAUAUUGACGACAUGCGUCGUGAGCUCGGCAUCACGUCGCCGCCAAUCCACGUCGCCAAGUUCUCAGGUCGUGCAAAGCAAAGCGGGAAGAGGCGUGGAUGGCCUUCCAAAAUCCUCGCUCAUCAGAGGGCCAAACAGCAGCAGCAGCAGCAGCAGCAGCAGCAAGGGCCGUCCCGAAUGUCAUCAUCUUGA